CGAAUAAUGAAAGCUAGUGAAUCCAAAAUGGCGGAAACGUAUAAUUUUUAGCAUGCUUUGCGUCAAAUAAAAGUCUCCUAAAUACGGUUUAAACGAUCCGAAAUACACAAUAAUCUAACGCAAAUUUUCGCCAUUUCAACAAUAAUGACGUAGUUAUGCGGCCAGUUCGUUUAAUUGCUCGUUGAAAGCGAAACGUUCGAGCGGAUCGCGAUCGGAUCGGUGGGCAAAAGUGCUAAGUUGGCCGUGUUUUUUCGCUUAGCGUCGUGCCGUUUUCCGAUAUCUCCGACCGGCGGAAAAUGAAUAUCGGUUCGUCGGGCGGCGGAGAUUCGAUUUACAAUUUCGAUUCCGAGGAAAACUGUGGAAAAUGGAAGGGUUUGUUGACGGCAGCUUUGAAAAAAGUGUUGGAGCAAGUUCACCCUUCUCUGGGGGCGAGAGAAGAGGCGCUAGAGUACGUAGAAAGUUUGUGUUUGAGACUUUUAGCUAUGCUCUGUGCGAAACCGAGUCCUCAUACUGUUCAGGACGUUGAAUAUCGAGUACAAAGCACGUUUCCCACCCCGAUAGACAAAUGGGCGUUGAAAGAAGCCCAGGAGGCGCUGGAAAGGGGCAAGAAGAAAUCGGUGUUACAACUGCCCGUUGACAAGAUACAUUCCUUAUUGCAGAAGGAAUUGUUGCUUUACAAAGUAGAUUCGACUGUUUCGUUGUUCCUAGUCGCCGUGUUGGAGUACAUCUCGGCCGAUAUAUUAAAAUUAGUGGGCAAUUACGCGAAGAAUAUCAAACACGUGGAAAUCACCUACCAAGAUGUGCAGAUUUCCAUGAAAGUGGAUAAAGCUUUAAUGGACAUGUUCUACCAAGACGAAGGCGGAGGCACCGGCAGCUUGAACGAGACCCACCUGAUCGCGCCCCGGAACAGUUUGACCUACGAGGAAACCGUCCGGGAGCUCAUAGCAUCGGAGAAAGCCUACCUGAAGGAGCUGCACAUGCUGAUCAAAGUGUUUAGGGAAGAAAUCACGAAGCUAAAGCCGGGUCCGCAGGACAUCGAGAGGAUCUUCUCCAACAUAAUGGACAUCUACGAGCUAACUUACACGCUAUCGGGCAGCUUGGAGGACGUCAGGGAGAUGGCGCAGGAGAAGAUGCCCUACAUCGGUAGCUGCUUCGAAGAAUUGGCCGAAGCGGCGGAGUUCGACGUGUACAUAAAAUACGCGCGAGACGUGACGUCGCCCGCCUGUCGGGACACCCUCAACGCCCUGCUGAGUCGCCCGGACGUCGAAAGCGCCCUGAACACGGCCGGUCAAGGCAUGCGAUUGGCCCUGAAGUACUACCUGCCGGCGCUGCUGAUGGGCCCCAUUUGGCACUGCUACUCCUACCUGGACUACAUCAAGCUGUUGAGGAACCUGUCGCCGUCCAGCGAGGACAAGGAGACCCUCACGCAGGUGGAGGGGCUGCUCAAGCCCGUUCAGAUCGCUUUAGAUAUUUGCAGCCCGAGUCAGAACCUGCCGAGGAACUCGCCGUUGUUGCCGCAGACGCGCGCCCGCCGCCAGGCGGCGCUCGUCAAGAUCCACGAGUUGGAGAAGAUCGUGGAGAAUUGGGACGCGAAGGAUUUGGGGCAAUGUUGCAACGAAUUCGUGCGAGAGGAUACGCUGAUCAAAGUGGGCAACAACCGGCGGUUGACCGAUCGCCGGGUCUUCCUCUUCGACGGGUUGAUGAUACUGUGCAAACCGAAUUCCAGGAGGCAAAGUUCGGUGCACCACCAAAGCUAUCCGGAAUGCAGGCUGAAAGAGAGGUUUUUCAUUCGUAAAGUGGAAAUCAUCGAUCACGAAGACACCGAUGAGGUGAAGAACGCUUUCGAAAUAUCGCCGAGGCAAACGCCAUCGGUGAUUUUGUGCGCCAAAACGCUGGAGGACAAGAACUCCUGGAUGGCCGAUUUGGUCAUGUUGAACAACAGAUCGAUGUUAGAACGAGUACUGGACAGCAUACUGUCGGAUAUAGAGCGAAAACACCCGUUGAAAUUGCCACCGCCGAGUCUCUACAAAUUCGCCGAACCCGACUCCAAGCACAACAUAAUACUCGAACAAAGAGAAAACGGCGGAGUACCUCUAAUCAAAGGCGCGACUCUGUACAAACUGAUCGAAAGACUGACCUAUCACAUCUACGCCGAUCCGAAGUUCGUCAGGACGUUUCUGACGACCUACCGGAGCUUCUGUUCGCCCACGGAGCUCUUGGAUUUGCUGAUCGAACGGUUCCAAAUACCCGAACCGUCGGCGGUCUACGAGCAGGACUGCUGCGACACCGACAAGAUGCAGAAGAACAGCCAACGGGAGGAUUGGAAGAAGUACAGGAAGGAGUAUUGUCAGCCCGUGCAGUUCAGGGUGUUGAACGUGUUGAGGCAUUGGGUCGAUCAUCAUUUCUACGAUUUCGAAAGGGACGGCGCGUUGCUGGUGAAAUUGCAGGAUUUCCUCGACUCGGUGAACGGCAGGAGCAUGAGGAAAUGGGUGGAAUGCGUCAACAAAAUCGUCCAAAGAAAGAUGGAAAACGACAACCAAAGGCACAUAAAAUUCGCCUUCGACGAUCUGCCGCCGCCCAUCGAAAGGCACAUCAAUUGCACGGAGGAGGAGUACGGGAUAUUGACGUUGCACCCGGUCGAAAUAGCCAGGCAAUUGACGAUAUUGGAAUUCGAUUUGUACAGGACGAUCAAACCGUCGGAAUUGGUCGGCUCGGUGUGGACCAAAAAGGACAAGGAAACGUCCAGUCCGAAUUUGUUGAAGAUGAUCAAACACACUACCAACUUUACCAGAUGGUUGGAGAAGAACAUCGUCGAAGCCGAAAAUUUCGAAGAGCGCGUCGCCAUCGUGAACAGGAUCAUCGAAAUCAUGAUAUGCCUGAAUGACAUUAACAAUUUCAACGGGGUGUUGGCCAUUGUGUCGACAUUAGGUUCGGCUUCUGUUUAUCGUUUACAUUUAACAUUCGCCGCGUUGAAUCAACAAAACCGCAAGGCGUUGGAGGAAUGCCGGAAGAGCGACGACCACCUGAAGAAGUACCAAGAAAAGUUGCGCUCGAUCAAUCCGCCGUGCGUACCGUUCCUCGGCAUGUACCUCACCAACAUCCUGCACAUCGAAGAGGGCAAUCCCGACUACCUGCCCAACACGCAGCUGAUCAACUUCUUCAAGCGCAGAAAAGUCGCCGAGAUCACCGGCGAGAUACAGCAGUACCAGAACCAGCCGUACUGCUUCACCGUCGAGCCGACCAUCCGCCGGUUCUUGGACCGCCUGCACCCGUUCGGCGAGAUGAACGACACCGAAAUCAGCAACUACCUCUACCAGAAAUCGUUGGAGAUCGAGCCGCGCGGCUGCCGCAUCGUGCCCAAGUUCCCGCGCAAAUGGCCCGCCUUGAAUUUGAAGAGCCCCGGCAUCAAGGCGACCGUCAAGCAGGCGAAGAACGCGACGCCGACGCCCGUCGUCGUCAACGCCUUGGCGAACGCCGGCGGCGGCGGCGGCGGCGCUUCUUCGAAGCACGACGAUCCCAAGAGCGAGGAUUCGUCGUCGAGGUCCGAUAACGAUUUUAGCGUAUUCGCUCCGGUGCAAUUGGGCAACAGCCAAAACAGUCCCGCCCAGAGUCCGGUGUCUCCGGCCCCCUCUGGCGGCAUCAUGAACUGGUUGAAUCACUCGAGAAGCCCCAGCGUCAGUUCCAUCAUGUCGACGGCGUCGGUGUUCAAACCGUCCCGAAGCGAACCUCCUAUCGUUCCUCAACGGUGCAGCCACAACAGCCAGAGUUCGACCGGCUGUCCGAACAGUCCGGGUCCUCACAGCCCCGUCUCGCCGGGCGUCCCUCAAUCUCUAGUCGAACCCAUCAGCCCGCGCCUGCUUCCCAACCAACCGCCGCCGCCGACGCCGCCUCCUUUGCCGCCGCGACGCCGCCGCGACAGCCCCGAAAUCAGCUCGCCCCAACAAAUGAAGCAAGCCGUGGACGCGCCGAUGCUGCCGCCGCGCGACGCCUGCUCGUCGACGAAGGACGGGCCGCCGCCGCCGUUGCCGCCGCGCCGCGAGCCCGGCCCGUCGCCGGGCUCGGUGCACCAGCAUUCCUAUCACGGCGGCGGCGGCGGCGGCGCGACGCCGGCGCCCUCUCACGGCACGCUGCCCCGCCUCAAUCCCACCUACACGUCGCAGCUGCACAUGAGGCGGCACGCGACGUUGCAUCCGACGCAGGCCGGGCAACAGCGCAACGCCGCCUCCCACAACGGACCCGCCGGGACGGUUCAGCCGGCGUCGGUGUCUCCGAGGUACGUGGAGACGGGUAAUUCGGGACAGGCGACGCCACAGCUGCCGCCGAGGUCGGGCGUGAGAUCGGCGGGUUUGGCCUGCGGGACGAUGUUUCAAUAUCCCACGACGACGACCACUUAGACGGUGGGGCCCUUUGGGGGUGGUGGGUUCGAUUCUGGUCGAUGCGAACUCGUUGUGUAAAUGUCUGUGUGUACGUGUAGAAAAUGAGGGUAUUUUUUACGAAAAAAAUGAAUAUAUUAUAUAUUUAAAAAAAGGAAUUGCUAGAUAAAUUACAUUUACAGCAAAUUACGCUUAUCGUCAGGUUGAAAGAGCAAAGAAUGUAUAAAAUAACUACUUAAGUAAUUUACUAAAUUCGAUUUUUUUUGUGUACAUUCUGUAUAUAAAAUGUGUAUUAUAAAACGUAUGAUUUGCAAGCCAAAAGAAAAUAAGUGUUUUCGGUUUAAAAUUCUCGUAAAAAAAAUCACGACAGCACGCGUUAGAAAAGAAUGAAAAAAAUAAAAAUGAAACUACAAUUUGUCUCCGGUAAAUUGAAAAUGCGUUUGUAUUUUGUUAUAUUUUCAGAGUUGAAUUAUAUUUUAAAUUUAAAUGAUUUUUGAAACUGUGAUAGUAGAAAAAGGACCAUUAUUUGUAUGAAAAUUAAGUACAAUAAAUGUAUCAAUGUAACUUUCAGUUUUCCUGCCAUCUUAACUUCCGUUCCAGAACAAUAAAAUUGUCCCGUUAUUCCAUCUACAGGGUGUUAAUUAAUUGAAUGCUUAUACUUCAGGGUAUGAAUAUUUAGAUGAUUUUAAGAAGAAAAGUUUAUAUUCUUAUUUCCCCUAAACCUUACACUUUUCGAGUUACAGGGUGUUAAAAUUAAAAAAAAAAAAUCACAUCCUGAAAUAUCGGCAUUCAAGCAAUUAACACCCAGUAUAAUACUCAAUUAUACAAGGGUAAGUUGAAAAGUAUCGACUUCUUCAUUAUUUCAUCGCAUUAAUACUUUUGCAAACACUUUCAGCGGCAUUUCUCGACGAAUAAAUCACAUCAUUCACCCCUACACCGUGAUAGGACGAACCGCACAACGUCAAAGGCAACCGAUUGGCCUCGAUGUACCUGUAAAUCUCCCUCACCCAUCCAUCGUGUCCCACGGUAUACUGCGGAAUGCAGUCCCUCAGCACGCUCACCUUCCACUCGCGCGGCGCCUCCUCCACGCCCAUCGUCACCUUCAAGUACUUCUGAGCGGUGCUCAGCAGCUCCUCCUCGCCGGGAUCGUCGCCGAACAGCCGCCCGAACCAGGCGCCCCCCAUCAUCACGGUGAGCACCGUGCGAUCGUCUCCGCAGGGGAAGCAGCAGCUGUCGAAUAUCACCCCGAGCACGGGCAGGCGCUCCUUGGGCGGCACGAGGAACCCGAAGCCUUCGCGCAGCCGCAGGUUCCCGAACUGCAGGUUGAUUACAGCCACUGUGACGUUGCGAAUGUUGCCGAGUAGAUCGGAUAAUACGGGGUGCUGGUCGCGCACCAAUCGGCUGAGUUCCUGCGAGGAAAUGGAGCUGAUGAGGUGCUCGGGCGCUACCAUCUUGUUUCCUAGUUGUAUUUGUACGUUGUUGGGUGAUAGUUGUAGUUUGGUGCAUUUGGAAUUCAAUUCGAUCGGAACCCCUCGGCUUCUCACGUGGCUUUCGAUGGUUUUAGGAAGCGUUUCCAGUCCAGUUUUGAACGAAUAGACGCUCCAUUUUUCCCGUUUAGCUUUUACACCCAAUUCGCUUAGUUCGUGUUUUUCAACGUUGAAUAAAUUCCUAACGAGUCCUUUGUAUAUACUACCGUACUUUUGUUCGUACUCGAAGAGGCCCUUCAUGAGGAAAUUGACGCUUAUUUCUUUGGAAUCUCCCGCGCAUAUUCCGCAAAUGAGCGGGCUGAUCAAGUAGUCGGCGAGGUCCUGUCCGAAUCGUCUGUUGACGAAAUCGUAGAUCGAUUCGUCCUCGACUCGCUUGCUCGAAGCGAUUAUGUCGUUUAAUAAGUACAUUAUAAGAGGCUUGGAAAAUGGCGGUGUAGUUUUAAAUAGGCCACCGAACGAGGAAGGAAGCGAAUGCAAUUUACCCUUGGCAUAGACCAUUCGAUUCUUGGCUGCCGGUUGGUGGGCGUAAAUCGGAGUAAUGCGAUCCUCUAAACCGAGGUCCUGUACUAAGGAUAGCGUAUUGUCGCCGGCCAAUCCCCGAGGUCUGAUCGUCCUCGGGCCUUCUUCGAAUAUCACGCCGUUGUCUAAUUUAUUCGAUCGAAUCCAACCGCCUAGUCUAGAGGAGCCUUCCAAUAUUCGUAUGGAUAGUUUACCGUUCGAUUUAAGCAAAUAAUAAGCCGCGGAGAGCCCCGAUAGACCACCGCCUAGAAUUGCUACCGACAUUGUUCAACUUUUUAUUUUAUCUAGUUUAAAUUUAAAAAAUUUGUUGACAUCAUCUCGCCCUAACCUCACUUUUGU